GAUGCCUUCAUGUCUGUCGGUGUUGUUCUGCAAACGGCAGCAAACAAGUGGUGCCCGGAGCUGCUAGAGGAGUUGCCGCUACAAGGCAUGCAAACAACCAGGACAGAGGGACCAGAGUGCAACAAACAAAGUCCCCUGGAAAACAUUUCCCUGCUCUUUGUGAGACUUGCCACUGCACAGCACAAGUCAUGUACCAAGUUGUACCAGGAGGAGCGGGAGGCACAAUUACAGAUGUUAUCCCCAAGCAGAAACACAGCAAGGACACUCGACCCUUAGUCGGAGCUGGCGUAAUCGGCCUGAUUCUGGUGAUUGCAGCCGUGACUGCAUGGUGUUAUUACAUCGCCUCUCUUCGCAAAGCUGAGCUGCUUAAGACUCAGCUGCUGGAUCUGAAUAAGGAUGGCUACAUUAUUCGCAACCAGGGAGGGUCUAUUGUUUUCAGAAUGGAUUUCAGGUCAGGUACAUUGGAUUUGGAUUCCUGCUCCAAAGAAGGUGAGAUUCUGAGCUGUGGACGCACCACAGACCGAAAACUGAACUUCUUCAUUGAGACGGUGCGACCUAAGGACACAGUACAGUGCUACCGUGUGCGCUGGGAGGAACUGGUUCCUGACAUUCCUGUUGAGCAUGCCAUGACAUACAAGUUUGCACACUGGUAUGGAGGUGCAGUGUCAGCAAUACAGCACUGGCCUAUUUCUAUCACAGGCCAACAAGCUCCCAAACCCUUCGUCACGAGUGACAUUUAUUCAAACCGCAAUGAAUUUGGAGGCAUUUUGGAGAGUUAUUGGUUGUCAUCCAAUGCUACAGCCAUCAAGAUUAAUAAUUCUGUGCCUUUCCACUUGGGCUGGAAUGACACAGAAAAGACGAUGUACUUCCAGGCGAGAUACAAUGACAGCCCCUUCAAGCCUAACCCAGGAGAGAAACCAUGCGCUGAACUCAGCUACAGAGUGUGUGUGGGCUUGGAUGUGACAUCCAUACACAAAUACAUGGUCCGUAGGUACUUCAACAAGCCAAACAAGGUGCCUGCCAAAAUCAUGUUUCGACAUCCUAUCUGGUCAACUUGGGCAUUACAUAAGACAGACAUUGACCAAGAGAAACUCUUAGCGUAUGCCGCCAGCAUACGCAAGCACAACUUUAACUGUAGCCACUUAGAACUGGAUGACCGCUACACUCCUAAGUAUGGAGAGUUUGAGUUUGACACAGCAAAGUUCCCCAAUGCCUCGGCCAUGUUCCAAAAGCUGAAAUCAGAUGGCUUUCUUGUGUCACUCUGGAUUCACCCGUUUGUUAACUACGACUCAGCAAACUUUCAUACUUGUGUAGAGAGAGGUCUGUUCGUCCGGGAGCCGACAGGAAGACUGCCGGCCUUAGUGCGCUGGUGGAAUGGUAUUGGCGGCAUUUUGGACUUUACGAAUCCAGAGGCCCGUGAUUGGUUCUCCUAUCAGCUACGCUCUCUGCGCUCCAAAUAUGGUGUAUCAUCUUUCAAAUUUGAUGCAGGCGAGACCAACUAUUUACCCUGGAAAUUUAGCACUAGAACACCAAUUCGUGACCCAAGUUUUUUCACAAGACGUUACACAGAAAUGGCAAUCCCCUACAAUGAUCGAGCAGAGCUGCGCAGUGGCUACCAGUCCCAGAACAUAUCCUGCUUCUUCAGACCUAUCGACAGGGACUCUGUGUGGGGUUAUGAGCUCGGUCUUAAAUCUCUCAUCCCCACGGUGCUUACCAUCAGCAUCCUGGGCUAUCAGUUUAUUUUACCUGACAUGAUUGGAGGGAAUGCUUAUCUUAACCGGACAGAUGGAAAUCGUGUGUUACCCGAUCGAGAACUCUAUAUCCGCUGGCUGGAGCUGUCAGCCUUCAUGCCCUCCAUGCAGUUUUCUAUUCCCCCUUGGGAGUACGACAACGAGGUUGUUGAAAUUGCCCGAAAAUACACAGCCCUCCAUGAGAGUAUUGUGGCACCAAGGGUGCUGGAGCUGGCCGGCGAGGUCCUGGACACCGGGGACCCAAUCAUACGUCCCCUGUGGUGGAUUGCCACCGGUGACGAGACAGCCUAUAAAAUCGACUCCCAGUUCCUGAUUGGGGAUGACCUCAUGGUAGCCCCCGUUUUAGAGCCGGGAAAGCAAGAGCGGGACAUUUACCUCCCCGCUGGUCGCUGGAGGAGCUACAAGGGAGAGAGAUUUGAUAUCAAAGAGCCACUGCACCUCACAGAUUAUCCAGUAGAUCUGGAUGAAAUUGCUUACUUUGUUUGGGUGUAGAGGGAUGAGAUGUAAAGAUGAAAAGACUUUAUUAGUCUCAGAAUCAACUUGCUUGUAAGACAAGCUUCAUAAAUGUAGCUUUUAUGCAUUAUAAGGUGAGGAUUGUAUGAUGGAGGUGAUGGAAGCUUUUCUGAGAAAGAUAGAACAUGUGAAAUGGCCAUAAAUCUUACUUUUAUAUAUACAUAUUUCAUAUUUAAUCUAAGGAAUGCUUCAUAUUUUUGUGAAUCUCCUUUUGUACUUUUAUUUUCUAAUGAAUCAACAUCUAAGAAGACCUUUUUAAAACACAAGUGUAUAGUUCUUGCUGACUAAAAGCCAUAUCAGCCGUAAGUUACAAUUAUGGCUUCAUAAUGAGUGUUGAAACAUAACAUUACCGAAGCAUAGAUAGAACCGGGUCAUUAAGUCAACCAGCUGACUCAUCACAACAGUUACACAGCAGUUUCAUCCAUUUUAAAGUUUUCUUACAAUAGCUAAUGCCAGCCGCAAUAAGCUACCAACUCUAGAUGGAAAACCCAGCAUAUAUUUAAGCAGUGAAAGGUGUUUUUAUGGUUAUAAGUUCACCUUUUAUUUGUAUGAAGGAGAUUUGUUGUACCUGUUAAGUUACAUAUUCUGCUUUAAAGCCUGCACAAGCACAAAUAUGAAACAUUUGUCAAAAAGGGAAUAUGCAAACUGUGAAUUGAGUUAGCAGUAAUAGCUAUUGUAUGCCAUAAAGCUGUUGUAUUUUUGAGGAUCUUUGCACUUUGUAGUUAAAGCCAAACGAGCAGUACCACAGGAGGGCAAAUGAAGAGUUGUCAUUAUUGUCAUUGAGCAGAUAUUACACUAGGUAAAAGCCUUUAUAUUCAUAAAUAAUUCUCAGUUUGACUGAAAAAUCCUUCUUCCCUCUGACACUAAUGACUACUCUUCUCUUCUGCUGGGAGAUACUUUUCAGGAAGUCGGGUUUAAUGCUUCACUUAUCAGGAUGAAUGCCUGAAGUUUAAUCAUUACAAACAGCAUGCGCUCUCAUUUGUGUAACAGAGUGUCAUGUAACUACUCUAAGCCGAGAAGAGGAUGCCUUUUAUUAGACAAUAAAUAUUUUAUGCCAUUCCUCAGGUAACAGCUUUUACUCUGGCUGUAGUGGGUUUUGAGUGUGGUGUGUGGUUAUUGUCUUUAUUGUGCAGAUAAACGGGCAAUGAUAUUAUAAACUAUGGUACAUUUACUGCCACUUUUGGAGAGUUUUUGACAUAUAAUCUAAAACACUGGUAUGCCACCUGAGUUGUAAUGGCUUAGGAUUUAAAAAAAUCUACUUCGUAUUCAUUAUGAAAGCUAAAAUAUACUGUAGAUUUAGCAGCAUUUAGUAAGCAAACCUCAUGACAUGCACUUAAUUUUCUAAAUGUGUGACUUUUUUUUUUUUAAAUCAGAGCAUUUUAUUGAUACAGUGAAACCUGCAAUGUUUUCACAGUGAUUUAUGUGCGAUGUGUUUGGAGGCUGUAUUUUUUAUUAUUGCUACUAAUGUUUUUUAUCUUUAUGGUGUCUUAAUGUAGCUUUAAUGCUUUAAGGGGUGUUUUUAUUAAUUCUGAGUGAUUUAAUGGAUAACAAAAACAAGAAAACUAAAUGUCUCAUUUUUUUUAUCAGGUAUGGAUGUAACAAUACUCCUGACAAAAUAAAAAACCAGAGGCCACACUAACACACGUUUCAUCUGAGGCACUGUAUAUCUCAGAGAAAAAGUGCCAUAAUUUGCCCCUUGCAACAUAUUUACAGUUUAAGAUGUUUUAAUUCAACUUAGUUCAUAAACAUGAAAAAAAAUGCAAAUGUGACUUACUAAGCAUUAUGUCAUAAAUUAAACAGAAAAAGAACAUAGGUUUAAUCCAGAUUAAAUCAUAUAUAGACCAGUUUUAGAAGUAGUUUCACUAAUAAUUGCUCACUUUAUCUUUGUAAGCUUUAGCUAAAGCCAUUAUAGUUAUGCCAGCUACGUAAUUAACAUUACCUCAUAAGCCAAUGUAGCUGAGUUAGCUUUAGCAAACAUCGCUAAAGCUAAUGGAGCUAUGUAGAUAAUGUACCUAUGUGUCUUACAUAGCUGCUUUGUGAUCUUACCUUUAGCUACAUUGCAAUAUUAGCAACAUUACCUAUGUUAUCUAUAGCUAAGUCAGCUAUAACAAUGCAAGCUUUAGAAAAUGUAGCUAAACCAUACUUAUCUAUGCAGAUAACAGAUAUAUGUAGCUUAGGUAACUGCUUUGUGAGCUAUCUAUUGCUAAUUUAGCUUAAGCAAAGUGAGCUUUGGCAGCAUGAGCUUUAGAAAAUGUAGCUAAAGUUAACUUAGCUAUGUAGAAAAGGUAGGUACGUAGCUUAUAUAGCUGCUUUGUGAUGUUAGCCUGGCUACGUUAGCUAUGUAGCUCCAUAAUCAACAUAGCUUAAGCAGCUAACAGAGCUACAUAAGCUACCUUUUCUGCGUUAGAAUGUAAUCAUGGAGGACAUGCUUGUUUUCCUGCAGGCAGUCUGUUUACUCUGUUUUAUUUAUAUCCUUACCUUAACCCUAAACAGAAGUUAAAUCUGAUUUUAUUUUGAAAGUUCCAUACCAUAUAUACCGGUAUGGAACUUUCAAAAUAAAAUCAGAUUUUAUUUUGAAAGUUCCAUACUGUAUCUCAGAUGAACGGCCUGUGAGACUGGCCUUCAGGAAUGAUCAGUCUGCAGCCAGAUUGUCUUGUUAAAAACUGAUAAUAUUAGGACAAUUUUAAAUCAAUUUGACAUAAAUAUAAAUUGCAACAUACUUCAUAACCAGCAAAGGUAGAAAUAUUUUAAAAAAUCAAAUUAUAUGUUAAUUCACAAUUUGACUGAAAUCCAAUUUUUAAAAAGAAAUUACAGGAUUUAGAAAAAAUAGAAAUACAACUGUAUUUUAAACACCAUAUUGUGAUAAUAAUGGAAUAUUACUGAUUACUUGGUUCAGCUUUAAAAUAAAGGAUUCUGAACCAUAGACCCUUUAAUUCUAAUGUGUCUAAGCCCUUUGACUUGUGGUGUACAUGUUGACCUCGUGGGUUUCUGUUUGUGCCUCCUGAAAUAGUUUCAUCACAACAACACUUCCUAUUUAUAACAGCUCUCACUCAGCAUCUGGGCCAGGCCAGUCUCUGAGGCUAUUUCUGUCUCAGCCUGGCUCUCAUUUAUGACUAGACUAAGAGGCUGUAUCAUAUCUAGGACUGAAUGUUACUUAUGCUUUAGGCUCUUUUGGCCUCGUGCUGUUUGGCCAAGGUUGUUGUAACUCAACAUGGGUUAUGUUUGCAUGUGACUAAUUUCAGCAAAGGUGGAUAUUUGAUGUUGUUUUGUAUGAAUGUAUAAAAUGGAAUAAAGAUUUUAUG